UUAGCCAUGUUAUGAGGCUUUGUUAGUACAAAGUCAGCACGCAUUGUGCAUAUUUUAAAGAAACGUUUGUCAUUUUUCAGCACAGAAAGAACUGCAAUUGAGAGCUACACAUUGCUUUAUCUAGGCCGAAGUAAUUGUCCUCUUUUACCCCACUUUCCUAGUAUCAUAGGGUGAAAUGUGAUGAGAAAGACUGCAGAUCUUGCUUUCAAAUGUAAUAGUUGAUGAUUUAUAUAUAGUUAAAAAUAACUAUAAUCCUUUUUUUCUGUGAUGUUGUUUUGUCAGAUUUAUUGUGGCUGUUUUGUGCCAUCAACAUGUUUUGGGUCAUGUUAUGUUAGGCUAUAUCUUUAUCUGUGAGUGGAUGUUAGAGCAGAUUUUAUUUUAAAUAGAGAUUAAAGUGGACUGCAGCCAUGCUUUCUAUAAUCAGAUUGAGAAACUACGCUUGGCCAGAUCACAUCUGGGUAGAUGGAGGCUGUGGGGGGAGGAGUUAUUUUUUAUACAGGUUCACAUAUCGGGAUGUACGAAAGAAGUGCAGUAAUCAUUCAAAAAUGCGAGUUUUAUUUUGGAGGAUCCAGAUUACCUACCGACACGCGCACAUCUGCACGGCACCGCGAGCGCAAUGAUGCCAUAAGCGCGCGCUAUCGGCUUUAAUGUAGCAGCAUUCAAUCUGAUACCAAGCUGUGUGCAGACUUAUGAAUCAUGCAAGACGUUUAAAGAAAGUGUCAGCUGUCGUGAUUGAAGCGGAGAAGUGCGACUUCAUGCUACUGACAGCACGGCGUUAAGAUGUUAUUAUUCGGUGACCCGAAAAUCCCAUGGUGCGGAAAUUAGAGAUACACCAUGGCAGGGAGGACAGGAAAUGAAGGAAUCCAUAGAUUGCCUUGUGGGAUCCAGAGGUCGGGCCUAAAGCCUCUUCCACCUGAGCAGCAGACAGCAGACAUGGACAAAAAGGGUAUCGUGAUCCAUCUGACUGGCACUGAAGGUGAAUGGGACAGUCUUGAUGACAAUGACCUCAUAUUUACAAUGGACUGUGACGGCCAAAAGUCACUCAGCUCCCUCCCAAAGAAAAUACCAUGUUCGGUUGACAUUCAGGCUGAGGAGGACUGGAGCAUCAACUCACCUGCAUUCAACGUUCCUCUCUCUCCAUCUUCCCAAGGCUCCCUAGCAGACUCUUUCACCCUGAGCUCUGGUUUCCUAUCACCUACCCACCGGCCCUUGGCCAGCUUUGUAAAGUCUUUGUCUACGGAGUUGGAUCUAAAAGACUCAUCUCUGAAACCCAAGCCGCUUCUCAGCCUCGUCAAAUCGAUUUCAACCGAGCUUUCCCGUAGCGAGCCCGAAGUGUCCCAAUCCAAGUCCGAUUCUAAGCUCAAUCUCCACCUUUUUACACAAUUCACACAGUCUAAAACCCGCAAAGGCGAUUCCCACACUGCCCCUCCGUCUCCGGUCCACCUGUCACCAACUGAGCCCAAAGCCAGUUUCUUCAAAAUGGAGCUUGAGGACACUCGACGCAAAUUCUCAGAGGCCGUGCAAGAACCUUUAAGCAUGUUCAGUAAGAUCAUGCGUGAGGACAGUGUCGGCAGUCCCAAACACCAAAAAAGCACAGGGUCAAUAGACUCCCCAAGCUACAAAGGUUUUGGAAUUGCGAAAUCGCUUACUGACUUGACAGUAGGCGAAUCUCCUAAGAGUGGAAGGAAAGCAGAUUGCGAGAUGCUGCCGCAGUGCAACUGGCCGGUAAAACGACGCAAACGAUGUGCACAGAAAUCCUGCAGUGCAUGUGUACACCAUAGUAGACAAGAAGAUGCUGGACCUAUGAUGGAGUACAGCACAAAUAAGAAUAGGACUGAUGUGGCAGACCAAUACUCCUCAUCUGUUCCAGUGGGUCUUGCCUAUGUAGCAUUGCUGUCAUACUGCUAUUUUAUCUUGCCACUGUCACCUUAUUGGUCUGGCCUGUUUCUCGGCUUAGCAUUUGGGUUUAUGCUGGGGCUUAUGCUUAUCCGAUGGAGCUCCACUGGACGUUCAUCUACCAAGCACCCAAAUAGACCAAAUUUUCUCCUUGAGCAUCAACAAAGCAAAUGUAUUUUUCUCAAGGGCUGGAUGAAUGAAAUGUACACAUAUGAUAUAGAGACCUACCACCCAUCCCUCAUGCACUCUGUGUUUGUCACAUUGGAAGGAGCCUAUUUGCGGCUUGACUACCCCCGUAACAACAUUCCCCGCUGGGCCGCCUUUGAUGAGAUCUGCUACGAAAAGAAUUUCACCCACUCUCGGAUAUUUAGACUCACUGGAAGCAAGGUAUUUCUUAUGCCAUUGGCUUUGGCACACAAGAGAGUGUGGAACAGGAAGUAUCCCAUUUGCAUACGUUUGGCUGAAGAAGAAAUGAAUGUGGAGGAGGAGACAGUUGAGGGACAGGGGGUGAGACAGAAAGCGGAGAAGCCCAUUGGCCGUCCUAUCACACUGUUUCUCUUUGGAAGAACGGGGCGGGAAAAAGAGGAGUGGUUCCAUCGACUGCUUUCUGCAUCCAGUUACAACGAAGAGGACCAUUUUGAAUGCAUACUUGACAAAUCUGUGUUGCAUGAGGAAAACCCUUUGGGUAUCUUACAUGGUGGUGAAAGCAAGGAAAGCAAUGAAGAUGUGUUUCACAGUGACCCCAUUGGCAAAGCAAAGGAUGACAUUUUACCAGACUAUACUUCCUACAUGAUCGGUCUCAUCUUCUCAGGAUAUGCGGGUCCUCUGUCAAGCUCCUGCCAUUCCAGCCCCCAAAGUAGUCCCACUGACAAACAGCAGCACAACUUUUGCUGCCAUGACGAUGAAACAAGGCCUGUAUGGUUGAAUGCUCUGAUUGGCCGAAUCUUUUGGGACUUCCUUCAUGAGAAGUACUGGGCCGAUCAAGUGGCAUCUAAGAUACAACGGAAGCUAAGCAAAAUCCGGCUGCCUUACUUCAUGGAUGAACUGACCCUUUCCGAACUGGCCAUGGGCUCCAGCAUGCCCCAGAUAACAGGCACGGCUCUGCCACAGGUCAACGGGAGAGGUCUUUGGUUGCAUUUGGAGGUGGAGUACACAGGGGCUCUACAGAUGAAUCUGGAGACCAAGAUAAACCUCUCCAGACUUGGGAAGGAGGGAGUCCUGGAGGCAGACACAGAGCUUGAGGCCAUCAAUGAUUUGAGCAGGUCUAGGCUCUCAGUGCUGGCUGACAGUGAGGAGGAAUCCUCAAGUGCAGGAUCCUCAGAUGAAGAAGAAAUGUCAUCUGUUGACACACAUGGAGCUCCCACAGAGAAGACCCAACCUGCUGCUGAGGGAGCUGCAGCUGGUGGCAGCACUAGUAGGCGGAUUUUGAGAUUCGUCGACAAGAUUGCUAAAUCAAAGUAUUUCCAGAAGGCCACCGAAAAUGAAUACAUAAAAAAGAAGUUUGAAGAAAUGUCCAACACCCCUCUGCUGCUCACUGUGGAAGUUCAAGAGCUCUCAGGAACACUUGCUGUCAACAUACCACAUCCCCCUACAGACAGAAUAUGGUAUGGUUUCUGCGUGCCCCCGAAGCUUGAUCUAAGAGUCAUACCUAAGCUUGGAGAGCGAGAAGUGACUUUCUGUCAUGUGACCGAAUGGAUAGAGAAAAAGCUUAAGGAUGAGUUUCAGAAAGUUUUAGUUUUGCCCAACAUGGAUGACAUUUACUUACCACUAAUGCAUUCUGGGAUGGACAAUGUACACCCUGCACAAGUUUCCCAUCACUCCUCUGUAGCCUCCACUGAACGGUGUGAUCUGGAACAUUCUUCAGAAAUACAGUAGUGCCUCCUUGUGGACCGACAUAAAAAUGCAAUACUUUCAGAAACUGUAACAAAGAUUCAGUUUCAUUUAUACAUCACAGCACAGUUUCAGUAGGUUUCAAAUAUGCUUAAGCAGUAAGUUACAACAGGCUGUGGUUUAUUGUUGUUUUUAAUAUAGUCGUGGACAGUUUCAUAAAUAGUUACCACAGUAGAAAUAUUAAAGGGAUGCUCCAGCCAAAUAUUACAUUUACCCCAUGAUGUACUCAAUCUCAAGCAAUCCAAAAUACAUAUGUCCAUCAUUUUUCAGACAAACACAUUUGGGGUUAUUUUAGUAAAUGUCCUUGCUCUUCCAAGCUUUAUAAUAAUAGAAAAAAGGAUCAACGUCUGACUUUAAACCCCACAAAAGUGCAUUCAUCCCUCACAGAAGUAAUCCACAUGGCUCUAAUGGGUUAAAAAAUGUCUUCUGCGGGAAUCAAUGCAAUUUUAUACAAAAAAUAUUCAGAUUUCAAAAUUGUAAACGGUAAUAACUAGCUUCCCAUAACAGCACCAUCUUGGACUCACAUGAUUCACAAGAGUUUUAGCGUAAUGAGCAUUCGUGACACUUUGUAUGCAACUUCUAUUAUAUGUUCUUAAAUCUGAUGUAUGUGUACGUUAUAAUGUAUUUUUAUGAUUCUGUAAAGCGCUUUGGUAUGCAACUUUAAAGGUGCUAUAUAAAAUAAAGUUUAUUAUUAUUAUAACAGAAGCUAGUUAUUAUAGUUUAUAAAGUUUAAAAUUAAGAUAUUUUAUAAAUCAGGGAUACCUGAUCCCUGUGUUCUCCCAUUAUAAGCUUGGAAAAGCAAUGGCAUUUUCUAAAAUUACUCCAAAUGUGUUGGACAUCUGUAUCUUGGAUUGCUUGAGAGAGAGUAUACAUCAUUGGAUAAUUUUGAUAUUUGGCUGGAGUAUCGCUUUAAGAAUGCAAAUGUUCAAGUAAAACAAAUUCUUUAAACAAAAUGAAUUACUUUGUGGGCUGGAACUAUUCAUUUUAUAACCUCACAUACAUGAGAUUGAAUUCAUAAUAAUAAUAAUAAUAAUGCAUUUUAUUUCAUGGCGCCUUUCAGAACACCCAAUGUCACCUUACAAACAAUAUACAGGUCACUGGAUAGGACAGAACGCACAAAAGAGAAACAGCAUAUGCAUGUAAAAUGCAUUUAGAUCUCAAUAAAACAUUGCAUAAACAGCCUGUAUAAAAAUAUAUGUCUUAAGACGGUUUUUAAAAGUCAACAAGCACUCGCUAUUGCGAACAUCAAGGGGAAGAGAGUUCCAUAGGCAUAACUAAAAGAUCUGGCACCCAUGGUAGUAACAUUAUUAACAUUACAGUAAUAAAUACAGCUUUCUUGCCAGCUUAAGUUUACUGAUGCAAUACUACUUUGUACAUGCUUAUUUUAUUGCAUUAUUGCAUCAUGUCAUGACUGCUGUUUCAAGUAUUAUUAGUUAUAAAUCCUUAAAUGUUGAAGUUCCAUAUUAAAUGUAUACAAAUAUAAUAAUUAAACUUGUUAAAUAACACAGCUCG